AUGUAUCGACAGGCUAAGCAGCAGAUGGCGCUACCAAAGUCACGGUGCGCGGCAGUGCUCGUCGCGCUGUUCGUGGGGCGGAUGGGUGAUUUGUACGUCCUUCUAAGUCGGCGUGCACCUACCCUGAGAACAUACGCCGGCGACACUUCGCUGCCUGGUGGAAAGUGGGAGCCGCAGGAUCGGAAUAUGGAGUGGACUGCUCGUCGAGAAGCAUUUGAAGAGAUAGGUCUUCCAAUGGACCAGCGCAAGGUCCCACUACUCUGUGUUCUCGAACCCGUGUUGGCGGGUCAUAACUUGAUAGUCACUCCAGUCGUCGUUCUCAUCCUCGACAAUACCCUCCGACCCAUCCUCAACACACCCGAGGUCGCUUCACUGUUCUCCCAUCCACUCAUCUCCCUGCUACACUCCGACCCACCCUUCCCGACGGAGCCCCAGAUGCUCGAGAUGGAGUACCAUACCUACUCCGACAUCAACUCGUCCGUCGGCACUUACCGCGUGCACCGCUUCCUGACAGGUCGCGAGGCGGGUGGGACCAAGCCCAUCUUCGGACUAACAGCGGGCAUCUUGAUACGUGUCGCAACCAUCGGGUACGGUCGCGCCCCCGACUUCGAGGUCGAUGCGCCGGGGCAGCCGUGCUGGAACGAGCGCAUCGCGUACUCGCUGAAGCACAAUCCUGUCUUCUUGGAGGCAAUGCAGAAGGAGGGUAUCGAUCCCUCGAAGAUCCCCGACCCGUCGAGUUUUCGGAAUAAGGCAGACGCGGAAGACACGGAGGGGCGGCCUGUGAGCGGAGAGACGAGGCGGCGGAGGCGGCGUGCGCAAAGUAAGCUUUGA